AAAACUCUCUAAACCAAACUAAACCAAAGAAAAGUCUAGAGAAAACCAUGAAAUUGAGUCAGAUCAAGAGGGAUGAAUUAAAUCUUGAACUUUUUGAUGAAUCAAACCGGUAUUGUUUAAUUUAUGCAAACCGAACCUAAAAUCGUCUAGGAUCCUCUUCGUUCUUCUUCCUCCAACCGAUCUCUGAUCGCUCUUCAUUCUCCACGAACCUCAGCCCAUUCUCGGCCGGCAAAGCAACAUCCAACAACCACCUCCGGUCACAUUUUGCGACUUCAUCCUUAUAUGUUCUUGAACCAUUCUGCUCCUUUCGGCCCUCUGUUGCGCGAAAGGACAAGUGAGAGGAGGGCAGUUCACGACUCCGGACAACAACGCUGCCGCCGGCGAAUUUUAGUGCACUAGGUAGAGGGAAAAGCAAUAACUUGGGCUUAUUCUGUUGCAUGAAAGUGGAAGGAGUUGAAGAACAUGUGAUGAGAUGCUUAACAGAGUUUCUAGACGUUGCUUUUGCACUUUUGCUGCACGGCCAUGGCUUUUUGUGGGCUUGGGAAAUCCUGGCGAGAAAUAUGGAGGAACUAGACACAAUCAGGUGGGGUUUGAGAUGAUUGAUGCCUUUGCUGAAUCACAAGGGAUAUCGUUGAAUAGAAUUCAUUGCAAAGCUAUCUUUGGAGAAGGUUUUGUUGCUGAUUCAGCAGUCCUUCUUGCAAAACCUCAAACUUACAUGAACCUUAGUGGUGAAUCUAGUGGACCACUUGCAGCUUACUACAAGCUACCUCUUAAUCGUGUGAUAGUGAUUCAUGAUGAUAUGGACUUACCAUGUGGAGUACUUCGACUUCAACACAAAGGAGGUCAUGGAAGCCACAAUGGUCUAAAGAGUGUCAUAUAUCAUUUUCGAGGAAACAAAGAAUUUGCUCGGCUAAGAAUUGGAAUUGGGAGGCCUCCAGGUCAAAUGGAUCCCAAAGCCUUUUUGUUGCAGAAAUUCAAUGCAACCGCCAGAGAGCGAAUUGAUGCUGCUUUACCAGAGGGAGUUGCUGCAUUAAAGUCCAUUUUGUCUAGAGGCUUGACUGAGAGUGCGAGAUGCUUUAACCAAGAACAGAAGUACAAGCAUAUAAGAUUGCAAACAAUGCUGACAUAACAUCUAAAGGUAUUAGAUUUCUUUGACAUGGUAACUGACCUAUUGCUAAUAGGAAAUACUUUCAGAACUGAACUCAAAAUCUUUGUUUUUUGGUAGAUUACAAAUUUACUUGUAUUGCCCAUAUAAAAAGUGAAGUUUUCCGCUCCAUUCUUAUGCUUUAUGUGAUCAAUUUACUAAUGGAUGAACUAUGGAUCUA